AUGGCAAUGUCUGCGAACGCAGCCCGAGCUCUGGAGCAGGUCAAGAUGGGCCUAUAUAUGCUCUACGGAGCUGCCUAUUUUACAGAAGACGAAUGGAUCAAGAUCGACGGGCUGAUCCACAAAGGCAAAUAUGUCUUCACACAAGGACCGCCAGCAAACUUCCUCGAAGACGAAUUGAUGAGCUUCGACCAUGCCGUAGAGCCUGAACCCUCCGUAAAAAUAUCCGACUCGUUUGAAUUCAUCGACAAACAUAAUACAAAAGUGUCGGAGGAGGCAUUAUCCUCUACCAGCUCCAAAUCCACCGAUUCCCCAUCCUCGGCCGAAACGCCCAAUGAACCCUCCCCAGAUGCAUCUUCACCUAAAGAAGCGCCCCUGGCGCCCCCACAGCCAGAAGAAGAUAUUCCGUUCAACCUAUCCUCCGACAUGACAAAACCGCCCGUCGAGGAACGAGUUGAAGAACGAGUUGAAGAACCAGUUGAAGAACCAAUUGAAGAACCCGUUGUCGAAUCCGCUGUCGAAUCCGCUGUCGAACCCGUUGCAGAACCGGUCAGACCUGCACCAGUGAGCAGACCAAGUAACGGUGGUUUCGCUCUCGGAUAUACGCAGGCACACGUCGACGAAAUCAAGGCCUUCAAUGCUUCAUUGACCAAAGCAGGCAGCAAAUCUCGCCCCAAGUACACAAAGGAAUCAUACACUUCACCGGAGCGGUCUGAGGACGGCGAAUACCCAUCCGAAGACAACCCAUGGCCAGCAGAAAACACAGCUGAAGAACAAGAUUACCCAUCUUCAGUCCAGACGGAGGAUGAUCAUCGCAUCCAGACUUGGGCUUCGGGCGUGGAGUCCCAGGGAUCUCAGCCUGGGAGAACCACAGCCCGAAACAACAGCGCUGGGUCACGCCAAACACUCGCAGAGCCAGUGAUAGCUCUGGUAACCCAAUUCCAGGAGACACAUGGACGACUCCCUAAAGUCCCAAAUGAUAUAUACCAGCCAAACAAUGCCCAGUUCCGGACCUUAGCUCGACGCCCCGAAUCUCGCGCAUCUAACAGAACCAGCAAGACCAUCAAAUCUAUCACUAAAUCCAUCGCCAAAGCCACUACUUUUGAAAACGUUUUCCCCCCUCCUGCACUAAACGUUGCCAGUGGCACCGUCCUCGUUGCUCAGAAGAAUGACGACAGCUCAUCACAGCUCCGUAUCCAGAUCCGCGCUGGCGAUCAUAUCAAGGUGGUCAAGCACGUCUCUGGCAUCCUCCAUUACGGAACAAAUCUGCGUACCAAUGCUUCGGGCCAAUUCCCACACACGAUCUUUCAAAAGUCUGCCAAAGCACAAGAAGCCCCGAACCAACAAAAUCUGGUUGAGGCAGCCAGGCGGCUACGAGGCCCGAGUGUGAGCACGACCGCUUCCAAAGAUUUGGAUAGCGUUGAGCGCAUCAAUGCUUCGGAGUGGGAUGAGGUUCCCGCGAGGCGAAAAGUAGCUACUCCCGCCCCUACGCGUCCGUCCAAGGGUGGACUGGCAAAUUCCAGAUUUGCAGCGUUGGUCGAGAGCGAGGAGUCGAAGCAGGACUUCGUCCAUGGCAUGACACGUGAGCAGGUGGACAAGAUUGUUGAUGCAAAGCUCCAACAAAUUCUCAACACACAGAAAGGCGGUAUCACCGCCAAGACUAAAUCGUCACUCCAGACCUCAGAUGAUGCCCUCAAAUCAGUCACUCCCAAAUCAGCAACAUGCUGGUUCUGGGCAACGCCCAACAAAGGCUGCCGCUUCACGGCAGAUGAAUGCAGAGACUUGCACGAGAUUCUGCCAGGAAGUAUCGCGGAUUCGAACCCCGCUAACUUUCGUAGCGGUAAACCAACCUGGGGCGCCGCUGGUGACUACGUCCCUCCCACCCCUCCUACAGGACCCUCCGCAGACAAGUCGAAAUAUACGUGCCAUUUCUGGGCCAAUGGAGGAAAUUGCACCUAUCCUGCUGACAAGUGCAAGUAUCUGCAUGCGUGGAGCACCGCGGGCGUGGCGGGGAGACCGGGGAGGUCAUUUGGCGGUAAGGUCAUUGACUGGAAUCGGAGUGCUCGUGCUGAGAAAGCGGAUGCUAUUGAUGGCUGGGGAUCGAGUGAAGGGUGGGGUGCUGAUACAUCUGGGGGCUGGGGUGCCAGUCCCACUACCGGAGAAGCAGCUGACGAUGAAUUUGUGCUGGAGGAGGUGAACGGUUCGUCGGGAACUGCUCAGGGCGGGUGGGAUUCGGGGGCUGAUAAAUAUAAACCCCCACAUAUAAAAGCCCUCGAAGAGCGCGCCCUAGAACCCUCUACCAUGUGGUGA